AUGGGUGCCUGCGCCUCUUCGUCUCGCGGGCGAUCAAACCAAGGCAAGAACCAGAAGAAAUCCUCAAGGGUUGCUGCCGUUCCAUUUACUCCGGCAGCACAGGCGGCCGCUGUGGCUGCUUCGCCUAAAAUGGAAGAGAAGAGCAGCUUCAAAUGGAGGAUCGAUGGAUUCUCCUCGCUUCUUGAUAAGCAAAAAGGAUGGACUAACUCCGGAUAUUUUGAGAUCAAGGGGCUUAAAUGGUACCUGCAGUUGAACCUGAAGGACCAGAAACGUGGUGAUAAAAGAGACUACGUUUCCCUUAUGCUUGCGCUGUCAAAAACUUCUGAUCUGAAAUCUGAUAUCGUCGUUGAAGCAUCGUUCAAGCUCUUGAUAUUCGAUCAAGCAUACGGAAAGCACAAAGAACAUGAAUUUAGCCACCACUUUCAGACUGAAGAAAACAAAAGAUCCGGGGUCUCAUGCAUGAUUCCCGUUGAGACACUGAAGGAAGCCUCCUCCGGUUUCAUCAUCGGCGAUAGCUGCGUCUUCGGCGUGGAGCUCAUCAGUCUAACCACUGCUAAGGCCAACCACAGUUCAGAAGUGCAUGUCCAGAAGACAAACGGCUUCAGCGCCCGGGAAGCAUACACCUGGGUCAUCGAUGACUUCUUGGCCCUGAAGGGACGGUGCUACUCACCAGAGUUUGAGAUCGGUGGCUGCAAAUGGUACCUGACAAUGUACCCUUCCGGCAUCGACGACAGCGGGGAAUUCCUCUCCCUCUACCUGCACAUGUCCAAGCCUGAAGCUUCCUUCCAGCGAUCAGGAAUGACGGUAGAACUCAGUCUUUCCAUCAAAGACCAGGUGACCUGCAAUCGCAAUACAAUGACAGGGCAGUGCCAGUUCGUGGCGACGGAGGAGGGCGACGGCUGGGGAUGGGCAAAGUUCGUGGAGGUGAAGUCGGUGAAGGAUCAGUACCUCGUGAAGGGCAGCUGCUUGAUCCACGCAGAUGUUGCCAUCAUUGGCUCGUCGGAAUAGAGAUCCUACGACUCUCUGUGCCUGUGUGCGUGCGCCUCGUCAAGAUUGGAAAUGUGCAGUGUGGCUUUUGUUUCGUUGAUUCGGUCUGUCUGAACGACUGAACGUGCUGUCAAUAACGUUGCAAAUGGUGGACAAAUGUUAUGAGG